AUGGGUUUGAUGGCCUCUUGGUACUACAUGGACUUGAUGGCCUCUUGGUACGACAUGGAAUUGAUGGCUUCUUGGUACGACAUGGAAUUGAUGGCACGAUUUACCGACUACCCGUACAGACAGUGUGAAGAAUCUGGUGAUGAUAACUUGAUUGAUGAAGGCUAUGCAGAAUCUGGUGAUGAUAACUUGAUUGAUGAAGGAUAUGCAGAAUCUGGUGAUGAUAACUUGAUUGAUGAAGGAUAUGCAGAAUCUGGUGAUGAUAACUUGAUUGAUGAAGGAUAUGCAGAAUCUGGUGAUGAUAACUUGAUUGAUGAAGUCUAUGUAGAAUCUGGUGAUGAUAACUUGAUUGAUGAAGGCUAUGCAGAAUCUGGUUAUGAUAACUUGAUUGAUGAAGGCUAUGCAGAAUCUGGUGAUGAUAACUUGAUUGAUGAAGGCUAUGCAGAAUCUGGUGAUGAUAACUUGAUUGAUGAAGGCUAUGCAGAAUCUGGUGAUGAUAACUUGAUUGAUGAAGGCUAUGCAGAAUCUGGUGAUGAUAACUUGAUUGAUGAAGGCUAUGCAGAAUCUGGUGAUGAUAACUUGAUUGAUGAAGGCUAUGCAGAAUCUGGUGAUGAUAACUUGAUUGAUGAAGGCUAUUUAGAAUCUGGUGAUUAUAACUUGAUUGAUGAAGGCUAUUUAGAAUCUGGUGAUGAUAACUUGAUUGAUGAAGGCUAUGCAGAUUCUGGUUAUGAUAACUUGAUUGAUGAAGGCUAUGCAGAAUCUGGUGAUGAAGUCUCCAGUGAUGUUGACUGGUCGUUUAUGUUUGUUACACUCAAAAUGUUCUGUCUCAAACUUUCCUAA